CUGGGCAAUAAUUACAAAUACGCAUCCCUUCCUUUCCUCCUUGAGCACGAACCCCAAUCCUUCUCCCGUCUCUGCGUUCGAUCGCGCUGCGCUUCGACCUGAUCCCUCGCGGGAGAGGAGCCUCGAAGAGGAGGGCGAAGAGAUCAAGGAAGAAGCGGUGAAGAUAUGGUGGAGACGAGGCGGAGCUCGGCGUCCACGAAACGGCCCCCUUCCGGACCAUCCCCCGCGACUCCCCCGUCUUCGAAACGGCCGAAGGAGGAGGCAGGGGUCUCGCCCAAGAGGCAGCGGGAGGAGUCCCACAAAGAAGCGGCAGCAGCGGCUGACGACCAGCAGUUGAACUCCGAUCAGCCUGGUAAGGACCCUCCGACAGAGGCCGCAACGCAUGAUGAGAAGCAAGGCGAUCCCCCUGGCCACGCAGUCCACAUGCUGGCAGGAGAACGAGCAACCAAGGCGGAAAGCAGGAACCAUGGUCUCAGCUCUGUUGAUAAUUUGACGAAACGAGCAGAAAAAGUACAACAGAAGGCUGCAUGGGCAAAGCUUAUUUCACAACACUCUCAGAACCCCCACCUUCUUCUAUCCAAUCCUCACUUCACUGUUGGCCAAAGCCCGACCUGUAACUUGUGGUUAAAGGAUCCAUCUGCCAGCAAAACUCUUUGCAGAUUGAGACAUUCCCAGCUUGGAGGUGCAUCAGUUGCAAUGCUUGAAAUAGUAGGAAGGAAAGGAUUUGUGCAGGUAAAUGGAAAGAGUUUUGAGAGAAAUUCAAAUGUUGUUCUCAUGGGAGGGGAUGAACUAAUUUUUAGUGCUUCUGGGAAACAUGCUUAUAUAUUUCAGCUACUUAAGAAUAACAAUUCAGCUGUGUCAAUGCCACCUUCGCCGCUUGAUAUUUCGGAACCAAAGGUUCUCUCUGCAAAAGAAGUACAAGUUGAAACCAGGUCUGGAGAUCCAUCAGCAGUUGCUGGAGCUUCAAUACUGGCAUCCCUUUCUAAUAACAUGAAGGACCUUCCUGGUGUUCCUUCAUCACCUAAUGAUGAGAAUGCUCAGGAAGGUUUAGAAAAGCCCGACUUGGAUUCUGUUUGUGAUGCAUCAGAAGAUUGCAAUCCUGAUCUUGAGAAAGGCUCAGAUAUUCUGAAGGAAACUUCUCAAAAUGAUGUGGGUGCUGAGUUUCCAACUGAUAAUCCUGAUGCAGUCAUAUCUUCUGAUCUUGGUGGAGAUGAGGUCAUGCAACUUGAUUGUAUUGGUCCUGAUGCUCAUAAUGAUGAUGAAAUUGGUAAGGUUUCUGCUCUAGACUAUGAAACAAGGCCCUCUUUAAGAAUGCUUGCAGCAUCUCCUACAUCUAAUCUGAAUUUGACUGGAAAUGCAUACAAAGCAUUUGAUGACCAUAGGGAUUUCCUCAAGGAUCUGGAAUCAACAACUUCCAUUCCUACUAAUAGAUGCCAAGCUUUCAGAGAUGGUUUGAAACAAGGAAUACUCAAUCCAAGUGAUAUUCAAGUUUCGUUCGACAAGUUUCCCUACUAUUUGAGUGAAAACCUGAAAAAAAUUCUCAUGAUUUGUGCAUUUAUUCACCUGGAACGCAAGGAAUUCAUAAAAUACGCUGCAGAUAUUUCAUCAGUGAACAAUCGGAUUCUAUUGUCUGGUCCAACAGGAUCUGAAAUAUAUCAAGAAACUUUAAUAAAGGCCCUUGCCAAACAGUUUGCUGCUAGAUUGCUCAUAAUUGAUUCUCUCCUGUUACCCAGUGGAUCAUCUUCUAAGGACUCAGAACCGUUGAAAGAGGUUGUGAGCAUGGACAAACAAGGCAUCUUUUCUAAGCACCGUACUGCACUGAUUGACAGUAUACAACUGAGAAAACCAGCUUCCAGUGUGGAAGCUGAUAUUGUGGGGACAUCUUUAAAUUCACAAUCUCUCCCAAAACAAGAGAUAUCUACUGCAACAUCAAAGAACUACACAUUCAAAGAAGGUGAUAGGGUAAAAUAUGUUGGAUCAUUUCCUUCAUCGGGCUUUCCUCUUCAGGCACCUCAAAGGGGUCCAAAUUAUGGGUACCGUGGGAGAGUAGUUCUUGCUUUUGAAGAAAACGGGUCCUCUAAAGUUGGAGUUAGAUUUGACAAACAAAUUCCUGAGGGUAGCGAUCUUGGGGGCUUAUGCGAGGAAGAUCAUGGAUUCUUCUGUGCUGCUGAUUUACUUCGCCCAGACUUCUCUGGGAGUGAAGAUUUUGAAAAGCUUGCAAUCAGUGAAUUGUUAGAGGUUGUGACAGAAGAAAGUAAAAAUGGUCCUUUGAUUGUUUUUCUCAAAGAUGUUGAAAAAUCUAUAUCUGGAGUUACUGAUUCAUAUAUGACUAUGAAAAACAAGCUUGAGUUGAUGCCGCAAGGUACUCUUAUAGUUGGGUCGCAUUCGCAGGUUGACAAUCGCAAAGAGAAGUCACACCCUGGUGGGCUUCUUUUUACAAAAUUUGGGAGUAAUCAGACAGCCUUGCUUGAUUUGGCUUUCCCGGAUAACUUUGGGAGGCUGCACGAAAGAAGCAAGGAGAUUCCUAAGACGAUGAAACAGCUCUCCAGACUUUUCCCUAACAAAGUCACAAUUCAACUUCCACAGGAUGAAGCACAAUUAUCAGAAUGGAAACAGCAGUUGGAUCGUGAUGUUGAAACUCUUAAAGCCAAGUCUAAUGUGCUGAGUAUACGAUCUUUCUUGAAUCGGUGUGGCUUAGAUUGCAAUGAUAUUGAAGCUGUGUCAAUAAAGGAUCAGACACUUACAAAUGAAAAUGUGGAUAAGUUAGUUGGUUUUGCUCUUAGUCAUCAUGUCGAGAAUAGUAGAAUUGAAGCCUUGCCAAAGGACACAAAGCUCGUUCUCUCCAGUGAAAGCCUUAUGAAUGGGUUAAGUAUGCUGCAGAGCUUUCAAAAUGAUAACAAGAGCUCGAAGAAAUCACUUAAGGAUGUGGUUACUGAGAAUGAAUUUGAGAAAAGACUACUUGCUGAUGUUAUUCCGCCUAAUGAUAUUGGAGUUACAUUUGAUGACAUUGGAGCAUUGGAGAAUGUUAAAGAAACACUGAAGGAGUUGGUGAUGCUUCCCCUACAGAGGCCAGAACUAUUUUGCAAAGGACAAUUAACAAAGCCAUGCAAAGGAAUUCUUCUUUUUGGACCCCCCGGCACAGGGAAAACCAUGCUUGCUAAAGCUGUUGCUACAGAAGCAGGUGCAAAUUUUAUCAACAUAUCGAUGUCAAGCAUCACAUCCAAGUGGUUUGGUGAGGGUGAAAAGUACGUAAAAGCAGUGUUCACAUUAGCCAGUAAGAUUGCCCCGAGUGUGAUCUUUGUUGAUGAGGUUGACAGUAUGUUGGGCAGGAGAGAAAAUCCUGGGGAGCAUGAAGCAAUGCGCAAAAUGAAAAAUGAAUUCAUGGUUAAUUGGGAUGGCUUGCGAACCAAAGAUAAAGAACGUGUUUUAGUUCUCGCUGCCACAAACAGACCAUUUGAUCUUGAUGAGGCUGUUAUAAGGAGACUUCCUCGAAGAUUAAUGGUAAAUUUACCAGAUGCAUCAAACAGAGAGAAGAUUCUGAGAGUAAUAUUGUCAAAAGAAGAGUUAUCACAAGAUGUUGAUCUUGACAUUCUUGCAAAUAUGACUGAUGGGUACUCAGGAAGUGACCUGAAGAAUCUCUGUGUAACUGCUGCACAUUGCCCCAUCAGAGAGAUUUUGGAGAAAGAAAAGAAGGAAACGAUUUCAGCAAUUGCAGAAGGUAGAUCUCUACCUAUUCCAUAUGGAAGUGGAGAUAUUCGUCCCUUGAACCUUGAAGACUUCAAAUACGCACAUGAUCAGGUGUGUGCAAGUGUGUCAUCUGAAUCUACAAAUAUGAAUGAGCUUCUUCAGUGGAAUGAACUCUAUGGUGAAGGAGGGUCAAGAAAGAAGAAUUCAUUAAGCUACUUCAUGUAGGAGACCUCCAUUUUGUGUAUAUCCCUUCUGAAAUCCCUUUCACCAAGCUAGCUAAUCUGCCGAUCAAAGUAGUGGCUUCUCUUGUCAAUCUUGUAUCUAUUUUUCAUAGCUGUUAUUUAUCAACUGUUAAUUUUUAUCAAACGCAACUCAAUGUUUAUCGAGGUGGUAUAAUCCAUAGUUUUUUUUUCCCGUUACCUGUAAUUUUGGACCUCAACAUGGUUGAAGGCUUAUUUAUCUGUACAUGAUCAUGGUUAAAAAAAAUAAAGGGCCUAACUAUAUAGGGUUGGGUUCUUGUUAAUCGA